UACCUACAUACAGAAGUCCGCGCGCAAAGCCUUUCUCAAAAUUUUAAGUUAAAUAUAGAAUUCAAAUACAAAUUUGUGCUACAGUCUCGUAGUUGAAGAAUGGAUUUAAAAGUUGAUGAAGUGAUAGAUGGCCUUUUCAGAAAAGAUGCUUAUGAGCAACCAUGUGAUACAGUUAAUGUCGAAGACUUGGAAAUUAAACUACCAGAAUGGUUUGACGAAAAAAAAUAUAAUCAGGGUCGUCGCUUUCAAAAGGACUUUUUCUUCAUGCAGUCAAUAACGAUGAUUUUGGGUUUGGUAGCCGUUAUGGCUAUUCCCACCAUCCUAAGUGUUCUGGUUGGAACCCGACGCUCGAACUCACAGUACACAGCCUUCAAACGAUAUUGGUCAACGUAUUCACACGUUAAAUCUUGGUUUGACCAUGAUCUGAAGCCAGGUAGCCUAUCAUGGCGGUCUCUCCAAACCGUACGGUCCCACCAUAUAGUAGCUGACCGCGCUUCUAAGCUAAAAGGCCAUGGAACUGUAUCUCAACGUGAUAUGGCCUUAACACUAUUUGGCUUUAUAGGUUUUACGGUUUUAAAACCAAAUAAACUGGGUAUACGAGCUUUACAGCCCGGCGAUUGGGAGGCAUACAAUCAUUUCUGGGGAGUAAUAGGCUACGCACUCGGCUUGGAGGACAGGUACAAUAUUUGCCGCAAAACCUUUAAUGAAACCAAAGAAAUCUGUCAAAUCCUCCAGGACAAAGUGUUCACGCCAUGUCUAACAAGUCCACCAGACUAUUUUGAACACGCUGCCCACGUUAUGGCAUCAGGCCUGAGCGCCAUUCACCCAGCUAUAGAUCACGAGGCCUUGGUCUAUUUUACCAAGUACUUAUCAAACGUACCAGGUUACGUUUAUACGGAGGAAGAUAGACUGUCUCUGGAAAGAAAGUUACAAAAACAACUUAAGGGAUUUAACAAUGACGCGGGCGUGAAUGCCACCGACUUAAUAGAAAAGUGCCCCAUAGAUUUCUUACCAAAAUCUUCACCAAUAACCCUUUAUGCGAAAGACUACGAAACAUUAGACGACUCACCACAGUACAAGCGUCUCUCUUUAUCCUCAAAAUUAAAAAUUGCAUCCCUGGAUGUGAUUUUAAGUUUAUAUAUAACUAAUAUCGGUCGAGUUUUUUUUAAUUUGCAAUUUUACUGGUGUGUUUUCAUAGGCACCUAUUUGCCGUAUGUUGCUAUGUGGAGGUUCGGUAUACCGCAAGCUUAUGUAAGUAUAUUUAAAUUGGGUCCAACGGACGAUGUUGUACCUCUUCCUAAUUCUAAAUAUUAUAAUCGGGAGCCUAAACCGUGGUUUAAGGAAAUAUGGGACUGUCUUAUUUGGUAGUAAUCAGUUGAAAAUCAAUGAAAAAUAAUAUAAAAAAACGUGUUUGUACUUAUGUAAACGCGUUAGACGUUAUACUUCUUUGGCGUAGCAAGAUAAAUAUAUUUUCAAAUUUUUUGUAUAUACGCAUUAUGUAGUUUAAUAAAGUUUAUUUAAAUAACAUAAAAAAAUGUUGACUAUACCUAACUUUAGGGUGUUGGUUUUUGUGACUGUGAGCGCGCAUCGUAAAAAUUUGAAACGCGCCAAAUGAAGUUUAACUUAAAUAAUAUACAAUUAUUUAUUUAUAAAAUCCAUA